AGUGUAUAUAGACUACUGGUCACUCGAGGCAAAUCAAUAUUGAGGACUAUAGUACAAUCGAUAGAUGGAUUGAAUACAAAGAGAGUUAGACAAUGUCUGUUGGUAUUGAUUCAACAUAAUCUUGUGGAGUAUGAGGAGUUCCUGGUGCCAAAGGAUAAGAAGGAUGCUGCCGCUGCAAAGGCAGCGAAUCAACAGCCGACAAUUGACGACGUGUCGGAUGCAUACUACACGGCCAACCUCGGCCAGGCUAUUCAUCGUCUGCGAUUCCCAAAGUACAUCAACUUUAUCCGCGAGAGGAUGGGCGAUGCCGCCGCCAUCCUGAUCGAGGAGCUCAUCGAUAAUGGUCGUCUCACGAUGGAGGCUGUCGUCAGUCAGACUGCCGCCUACACCAAGCAGCGCACAGGCAGCUACGGAGACGACUUGAAUCAACAGUUUGAGGAGGUCUUUACACAGUUGGUCGUCGAGCACUUUAUCAUGAAGGCGCCCUAUCCCAAGCCCAUCAUGCCGGGCGAGGAGCAGAUGGAGAACUUUCACAAGGACGUCAAGGCUGCCAGCAAGACAACUCUCUCGCGUCAGCAGCAACAGGCAUUGCACGACCCAUUUGCCCUGCCAUCCUCGCUCGUCAAGAAGACGACAAAGAUCGACGAUAACGUUGUGAGCAAUCGAGCAGUGUCAAUCUCACCAUCCGAGACCUCACCCGCAGCGCCCAAGAAGGGCACCAAGAAGACCUCCGCCAAGCCCUCAGCAAAGUCACCAACAGGAGGAAAGCCAACUAGAAAGAGAAAGACACUUGAUGAGGAUGAUGAGUCAUUGCCAGAUGUACUUCUUGUGUCAGAGUCGGCACCGGUUGAUAUCCCAUUGGAUGACUCAUUCCAGCCUCUCAAGCGACGUGCAGUCGAUGUAUAUACAGUUGUCGAUGGCGAGGAACAGAACCAACAGCUCGCCAACGAGGAGAAGAAGAUACUGUGGCGUGUAAACUAUGACCAAUUCAUCAUUGAGUUAAAGAUCAUUUCAUGUUAUGAGUUUGUUCAUUCAAAGUUGGACAAGAAGGCAGCUGAUUUGUUCAGCUCAAUGGUCAAUCUUUGCAAGAAGUCGAUCAAAUUGAACCAGGAACACAAUACAACAUCGAUAUUUGCCGAUGACAUCUUAAAGGAGUACAACAGCACUUCGGAUAUGAAUCAUCAGAUGGACAAUAGAGAGCUCGAGAGCUACCUGCCCCUGAUGCAGGCCACACGUCCGUCCAUCAUCACCAAGAUGCAGGCACAAUCCCGAUCGUCCAUGGCCGAAAUGGGCGGUGUUUAUCAAGUUAACAUAUCGAAUAUCUCAGCAGUGCUGAAGCAAAAGAUGGUGGAAUCAAUCAUCAAGCAGAAGUUUGGUGACGCAGGACUGAGAGUGUUCAAGUUGUUGCUCAUCAAGAAGCAGUUGGAGCCAAAGCAGAUAUCGGACUUUGCAAUGAUACCCCUGAAGGACUCAAAGGUGUUGUUGUUCAAGAUGAUGGAGAGGUCAAUCAUCAAGCUGCAGGAGGUGCCUCGCUCCAGCGAUCACUUUGCCGCGCGUACCUUCUAUCUCUUCUAUGUGGACUACAAUAAUGUGGCGCAGAUGUUUGUCGACGACAUUUACAAGGCCGUGUUCAACUGUCGCGAGCGACUGCGUGCAGAGAUGGCACCACAUGCCGACAUGGUGGCCAAAAUGGAGACAAUCCCAGAGGAUCAGCUGUCUGAUGAUCAGACCAAGCUGUUGCGCAAAGUACAACGAAUCACAGAGACACUCGAGACAAUGGUCAUGAACCUGGACACAGACCUCUUGGUUAUCAGCAGCUAUUAG